UUAAGCUUUAUGAAAACACCAGUUCAUAUGGUUUCUUUAGAGACGAUUGAAAAGAAAAACCGACAAACACCAUGAAAUACAAUGAGAUUUCCCAUUUCAGCCACCCCCAACACAUUCUAAAAUUUGAGUACACUGAAGUUCCAUUCAAGUGUGAUGGGUGCAAAGAAGUUGGCAUAGGCUCACGUUAUCGAUGCUCCUUCUGCGAUUUUGAUCUCCACAUGCACUGCUCUAUGCCGUCUAUUUCGAUUUCUCACCCUUUCUACACAAAAUGUUCAUUUCAGUUCCUCUCGAGGCCCCCUGGUGACACUCCUCGCUACUGCAACGCCUGUGAAAAGUAUGUUACCGGCUUUGUUUACCAUUGCGAAUCGUGUGGAUUCGAUCUACAUCCAUGCUGUGCAAAGCUACCAAUGGUGUUAGAUGAUGGAGAAGUGAAACUGUAUCUGUAUAGGAAGGUGAGUUCACCGUGUCAUCGAUGUGGUCGAAAAGGGAGGAGCUGGAGUUACCGAUCGGAUUGCAAAAAAUACAACUUGCAUGUGGCAUGUGUUAGGGAAAUGUUGGUGGAGAAUUGGCAUGAAUUGUACUUCGGAGAUGGUGGUAAAUCGCUGAAUCGAAUUCCGAGCUUGAAGAACACACUUGAAACCAGUCAUAAAAGGAGUAAAGGUAAGGUUAAGAAGUGUUGUGAAAUGGCUGCUUUGGCUUUGCAAUUUGUUAUCUCAGCUGUGCUUGGUGAUCCAACCGCUCUCAUUGCUGGGGUUAUUGCUACUUUUAUGUCUAGAGCUUGAAAAUGUCGUCCCGUUGAUGCUGUU